CGCUUAGCGCGUCCUGAAUGUAACUGGGCUCAUACGAUCGAUACAUCCGAUCAUGGGCUCGUUAGGUGUGGUGCGUGGCGAAGCGGCCGCGUUGCAGCAGCACGGCCAGCGACUAUAUCAGCAGGGUAGCUUUCAAGCUGCCAUAGAAGCCUUUACUGAGGCUUUAAGUGUAAACGAUGCCAAUCAUCUGGAUAUUCUCGACAAUCGCGCUGCCACUUAUACCAAGUUGGCACAAUAUGAUCGCGCGCUGCGGGAUUCCCGGCAGAUGAUUAAGAAAGACAAGCAUGAUUACCGGGGAUAUCUUCGCUGUGCGAAGAGUCUGCUCCUGGAUAACAAGCCCGAAAAGGCUCUGGAAGUGUAUGCUUACGGGUUGAAAGUCCUGCCGAGUGUCCAUCCCCGUCGUUCGCUUGUGGCGGAAUUACACGACAAACUGAGGGAAAAGAUGAUGGCAAAGUGCCAGGACCCUUUUACUGUUCUACCUCUGGAACUGGCUCGACUAGUUAUACAAGAUUUCGACUUCAAGCAGCUCGUUGCGAUUCUACGCGUGUCGAAAGGAUGGAACAAAUUUCUCUCCUCGAUGCGCGAUUUGUGGAUGGAGCUUGAUUUUUCCAUCGCUCGUGGCAAGAUUCACUGGUCAUCCGUUCGCGCUCACAUUCGUCGGUCUACGGCAAUGCUAACGAAAGUCACCUUGAAAAACAUUUCCACUCCUUCAACGCAGAGGGUUUUGGAAUUUGUGAGCAGGUGUCCGAAGCUAGAACAUCUCGAGUUGAUGGACCCGUACAGCAACCAGGCCGUUUACACCCUCUUCAAGGGCUCCAAGCGCUUGAAAACCCUGGUCGUCUCGGCCGACACGGUGGUCCCUCAGGAGUACCUGGCCAAGUUUCUCGCAAGCCUACCGCUUCUUGAACGCAUCGAAGUCUAUAAAACUAAGUCCUCUCCCCAAUCAAAGGCGGAAUGGCCGUCGAAACUCCCCCAUCUACGAAGCAUCACGCUAGGCUCCAUCGAGCCAUCGAGGCCGACAGGACAUGUUCCUGCGCUCUACAUUCCCCGCCGAGAACAUCCCUCGAUUCCCUACCCACUUGCAAAUUUGGAAGAGCUGCGGCUUGAUUCAAACCCAGAAGUUUUUGUCCCCUACCCUCCUGCCUUCAAUCCGCUAGAUCUUCAGCGACUAAAGAAACUGGAUCUUAGUGGGAUUUUCAUUGGUGAUGAGUUUGCGCUGCCAUCUAGCCUUGAGUAUCUUCGCAUCCGGGGUGGCGCUGGAGCGGAAGAGUUCCCGUUUUCGAACGAACCGCCCCUCGCUUUCCCCAAUCUCCAUACCCUCAUACUGAGCGACGUGCCUUGGGUUACCAACCGCACAUUCCUUUAUUUUCUGCUCGAGGGGAAGGCUCCUCUUAAGGUCCUUCACGUAGACAAGUGUUUCCGGCUGCAUGGUUCUACCCUGGCCCAGCUCCUCUGCGAACACUCCCAGGGGCUGGAGGAACUCAAUGUUUCGCACAUCUCCCUGAUCGACGACAAGGUCGUAGAGAUGCUUGCUGAAAAGUUGCUCAACCUAAAGGUCCUCAAUCUGACCUGUACUGAAAUAACUGGCAUUUCGAUCAAGAGACUGGCGGAUAUCCGCUCCUCCGAAUCCAGCCAUUCGCCGAUCGAGCGCGUCUUUGCAAAAGGCUGUGAGAAUGUGUCAGCCGAUGCCGUUGCUUAUGGGCGCGCAAACGGUCUGGAGAUUUUUGCAUAAGACCAGUAUUUAGGAUGGGUGACGACCUUCUCGUCUCGAGAAGGUUCGCUCAGUUGAUAUGCCUGCCGAUAGGUUGGAGCCCAUGCGAGGAUGACCUAUCGCCGUGGCAUGUUUUUGCCGAUGUCUCUACAUUGGGUGAAACUACUCUCCAGUUGAAGGCUUUGGAGUAUACUGGGUGAUUUUUUCUUUUCUCUUUUUCAUUUUCUUUUUUUUGGCGGGAUGCCAUCUGGCGUUACAGGAAAGGACGGAAGCAAGGAAUUAUGAUAAUGAUGUGAUAUCCAGCAUAUAUUUGAAUUUCGGUCUAUCUUUUCUGGUUUCGGAUCAAGAUCACGGAAGGAGGCAUAUUUACCUAGUCAUUAGUUGCUAUCAUUGAACCUUUCGAUUCGUGUCU